UGCCCCAUCGUUGGUGUCAGUGGGGGGAGUAGUGCCCCAUCGUUGGUGUCAGUGGGGGGAGUAGUGCCCCAUCGUUGGUGUCAGUGUGGUGGAGGGGAGAAUAGUGCCCCAUCAUUGGGGUCAGGGGGGGGGGGAGUAGUGCCCCAUCGU